AUGACUGGAAGCCCCAAUAUUGCCAAAUAUGUUGUCAAAUUGGUCACUCAUGUAAUGAUCAACAGAGACAGAACAAAGAGGAUGGACAAUAGAGAGAUGGAGAAGCUAUGCCUAAUCAACAAGGAAAAGAUAAAGAAUGGCAGGUUGCUAGAGGAAAAUCAACAUCAAAAAAGCAAAUGGAAAUCAAACAGAGAGGAUGAAGUAGACAUUGGAAAUGCCUUUAAAGACAUAAUUGACACAACUCAAAAAAUUGUGCAACUGUCUGAAACACAGGGGACAAGAGGGCAGAGAAGAAGAAAUGAAGUAUUAAUAGCUAUACUGGAGAAUAGAGUCAAGGCUAAUAAAGCUGAACCAAUAAUGAGGAAGGUGUUUGGCAAUUGGCAAUGGACUACUAACUAUGAUGAGGCGCCUGGUGGCAGGAUUUGGGUAAUUUGGGACCAAACAAAGGUGGAGUUUGAGGUUAAACAAGUCCAUGAACAAUACAUAGCAGGACAUGUGGUUUUGAGGCAACGCAACAACAAGUUCAUAUUUGUUGCAGUGUAUGAAAAAUAUAGCAUACAGGACAGGAAGAGUCUGUGGACUGACUUGAAAGGAACUAUGAGUGGAAUACAAGACCCAAGCUUAAUAAUAGGAGACAUUAAUAGUAUUUUGUCCAUAGAAGAUAGAGUGAUGGGGAAUCCAAUACAAGAAGGGGAAGUGACAGACUUCAAAAAAUUCAUAGCUGAUGUUGGACUAGUUGAACUCAAAACAAUAGGGAGGAACUACACCUGGACAAACAACCAUGUCCAUAGUAUAAUAGAUAGAAUACUUGCCAAUGCAGAGUGGAUACAAAAAUGGCCUAAUAUGGAGGGAACUAUUAUGCAACCAGGUUUUUUAGAUCAUUGCCCUCUAAUGGUAAAUGUUGCUGAGCCUACUGGGAUGGGAAAAAGACCAUUUAAAUUCUUUAAUUGCUUAGAAGCUCAUCAUAAAUUUGAUGAUAUAGUCAGUCAAUGUUGGAAGAAGAGAAUUAGGGGAAAUCCAAUGCUGAAGGUGUGGUACAAAUUAAAUCUGAAAAAAGAUUUGAAGCAAUUAAAUAAUAAAGAGUACAACAGCGUGGGGCCAAAGAUCCAAGCAGCAAGGAACAAACUGAUGAACAUUCAAAUGGGAAUGGCAUCUCUAGAAAAUGAUGAUGAAGUAAUAGCACAAGAGAAGGAGACAAAAGUUGAAUUGGCAAAAUGGAUGGAAAUGGAGGAAAGUAUUAUGAAGCAGAAGGCAAGAAUCAAAUGGCUUAAAGUAGGGGACUCUAACACAGCAUAUUUUCAUGCUUGUGUAGAAAAUAGGCAGGCAAGAAAUCACAUAGGCAGACUGAUGGACAACACAGGACAACUUCUACAAAGUGUUAAUGAAGUAGAAGAGGAGAUCCUAAGCUUCUACAAAAAAUUACUUGGUACAGCAGCCUCAACAUUACCAAUAGUUGAUCCAGAUGUUAUGCAGAAUGAAUACACUCUGAAUAGGCAGCAACAAAUGCAGUUAAUCAAACUAAUUACUAAAGAGGAGGUGCAGAAAGCAUUACGGGACAUUGAUGAUAGCAAGGCACCAGGAUGUGAUGGAUAUAACUCCCACUUUUUCAAGAAAGCAUGGAACAUAAUUGGAGAAGAAGUUAUUAAAGUAGUGCUGGAGUUUUUUUGA